GUCGGGAGUUUAAUGUCGUCAAGUCCUUCGACAAGCAUCGCCAUGACACCCGAGAGACACAUGCGCUUAGCGAAACCCUUUCCACCUUGUGCGAGAUCGUUGCGGUAUCAUGACGGUCAAACGUGGAUCGACGACGCACCCGAGGACGACUUCGAGGACGACCCAUGGACGACCGUCGUCCCUUACAUGAACCGGCAUCUCGACAAAUGGAACGAAAAUGACUGGAAGGCGAUGGAGCGUUCCUGCCCAUGGGCAAGCCAUUACAAGUUUGCCAACAUGUUGGAGUUUGGGAGCCUCAUUGCACUGCCUGUUGGUGUCCUCCAUCGAAAGACCCUGGACGAUAAGGGUAAACCGGUCCGCUUCCGUACCAGCUUCAGACGUCGCCUCCACUGCGAGUAUAUCACAUCUUCGCCACGAACUUGGGGAAGUUUGCAGAAGCAAGAGUUGGUGGACUGCGGUCGUCAUUGUUCAUUCUUGGAACACUACCCACCCCGUUGCCCAGGGACUUCUCCACAAGCUCUGUCGUACUGUUGUGUGCGCUUGACGGAUGACGGAUGUCCUUUUGCCAGAGUGCUUUGUGUGGCUUCUUCAAGCAAAAGCGGAAAACUUGUGGAUGCAGUUGUGCUUGUGUCACGCAAUGAGAUGGUGCUUCAGGGAUCCAGGUUCAAGGCGGUCAUGUCUCGCCCAGAUGUAGAUGGGCGAUCAGACUUGGUGAGAGCAGGUCAGUGCCCAAACUUUCCUCUUCUAACGUACUUCGAAAACAUGGAUGAGAUUUUGGGCUACAUUGAAAUAAAAGUACCUGAACGACUGGCGAUCAUCACAAAGGGAGGAGCGUUUCCUUUUCAAUACGAGAGAAUCUUCAGGAUCGUAGCGGGAGGACGGACAAUGUUUGUCAUCAUGGUGAGGUUUACUGAUCUCAACAUUUUGGACAUGCAAAUAUAUGAGCGUCGGGGGGAAAAUUGGAUGCGAGGAGAUUUUACAAGCGCUUAUGUAAAAGUUUCAGAAGUUCUUUUCGCCUUGAGACGUGCUGUGCUCGGACCAGGGGGUGACAUUCAGGGUUUCUCGUUUUUCAUUACGGAGUUUGAAGUGGGGCGGUCGCCGUUCGCAUGUACGAUAAGUAUGGUAUCAAACACUGGUGACGAAUUGCGUGAAGUAGAAGUUUGUGACUUGAACAUGGACACAGAUGUGGAGGCGAGACACGACGAGAGCACAACGGCCGUGUUGACAGCAUGUAGGGCAGAGAUCGAAAACCAACAGCGACAGAUCUCUAACCUCGCAUUAGAUCUUCAUCGCCAUAAACAAUUGUUGACCCAGUCCCGAGAAGAGCUCGAGCGUGUUAAACUACAGCUUGCUGACAAGUCGGCAGACGCGGAACAAAGAAAGCGCAGUGUGAGGUGGCUGCGAAAAGUGUGGCAUGACAAUGUUGUGGAGAAAGAAAAUUUGAAGAAAAGAGUGAAAGAGUUAGAAGACCUGUUAGAGACGCGCAAUCCAAGACGGUCUACAAAAGUGUAGAGCGCUGCAUGGGACCUUGUGUGUUGUAACGACAACGAAAAAUGUGUUCUAAGGGUAGGAUGGGCAUCUUACAAUA